UCGUGUCAUCUCUAUAGCAACUAAGGAUUUUUGUUGUUGGCAUCUGUUUUGCGGUUUUUCCAAACAAUUAGGUUUAAAUUCAGAGUUCCUGGAGCGGAUUCCCUACCAUGUGCGAGGAAUGAGCGAUACCGACACCGACGACACCGAUCUCUUGCUGCUCAUACCACCACAUUUCUGUGCGGAGGAGGAGAGGGGCAAGAUGAGCUCUGGCCAGGAUGCACUGGCCAUGCCCCCGCCCCCGGCGCCCACAAGUGCCGCCUAUCAGUUUCUGCAUCCCCACAAGAAAUCGGAGCUGAAUCACAUAAAUGCCCGGCUGCAGAACAUAGGAUUGGUUGGAGAUGAGGAGCUUCCCUCGGAUAUAUCCACCAUAUCCACGAAUACAGUGAGGAAUAUCAACAGGGAGCUGCGUGGCAUGGUGCACUCCACGCCCAAGAGCGGCGGCUCCAUGGAGCCGCUGCGCCAGGACAACAUUCUCUCCGAGAUUGAUCACUACCUAGACGAGAAUAGUGCUCCCCGUUGGCAGCAGCGGCACCACAGCGAGGAUCAUCUAAGGAUGCAGGAGCCUCAUCCGGCAACCAACUCGCUGCCCAGCCUGCGACUGGCGUCCACCAGCUCCUCUGCUUCGGUAGAACCAACCAGAAACGCCCGGAGCAGCCUAAACGAGAAUAAGUUGAUCAGCCUGAGCGAUUUGUGGGGCAAGAGCAGCUUGGCGCGCACUGUUCUGGAUCAGAACUCCCCCAAUCGACUGGCCACCUGCAGUCCCUCCCUCAAAGAGGAGCAACUGCGGCGACAGCAUCUGGAGAAAACAGUCCAGAACCUGCAAUCCCAAAUGCUGGAGUAUCAGCAGCGCAUCUCCGUGGCCAUCGAGGUGGAUCGCUCUAAGGAUGCCGCUCUCAACGAGGCGGAGCAGACGGCCCAGAGUCUCAACUACGAGGUUCAGCAACUGCGGGACGCCCUCCACCGGCUGGAGGCGGACAGGAGCGAAUCUCAGGGGAAAGUGGACGCGCUGCAGCACGAAUUGUCGCAGGCGGUCAGCCUGGCCACCAAGUUCCAGGAGAAGAACGACAAACUGGAGGGGGAACUCGAACAGCGCAGGCAGGAGGCCAAGGAUUGGGAGGAAAGACUUGAGCAGCUGGAAAUGCAGCUGAAUAGCAGCAAAAGAGCGGAGGAACUGUCCCAUGGCGAGCUCAACAAGCUGAGGGAUAAGUUUGCCAAGUCAGAUUACCAGCAGGAGAAGCUAAAAGCCCGCAUUGAGGAGCUGGAAAAGGACAAAAACACCCUGAACCACCAAAAGGAAAUGCUGCAGGAGUAUCAUCAAAAGCAGAAGGCCAGAGCGGAUUCCCUGGAGGCCCAGCGCAAAUCCCUUCAAGAAACGCUGGCCAAUCUGACCGAGACUGAAACAAACCUCAAGAAAAAGCUGGAUGUACAGCAUAAAUCCCUGAAGCAGUAUUACCAACAGCAAAUGGAAAAUGUGGUGGCCAAAAAGAUGCAGGAAUUCCAGGAUCAGCUGGAUAAAAAUGAGGAGCAUCUAAAGAAUGAAGCCCGUGAGCGGGAAAGACUGAUUGCCGAGCGAGCCGUCAAACAGCUGGAGAUGAUCAACGAGAAAAACAACCAGGAACUGAAUCUCAUUCAGGAGAAGCACCACGAAGAGGUGGAGCUGUAUCGUCUCCAACUGGCAAAUGCCUCUAAAAAGAUAGAUGAAAUGGAUCUGAAGCUUAGUUGUUACAAGACCAAGCGUGCCGAUAUUGCGGAGAAGCUGCAUGGCGUAAUGGAGGCCCAGUGGCAGCAGGCUUUGGCCAUUCUCACCACGCCCAAUCAGAACUCCCUGCUGCAGGCCAGCGACACUGAGGGCGAGUCCCCGGAGCUAAACAAUGCCCGCAUGUAUCCAGAAACUCCCAAGACGAGCAAAUCGCAGCGCAGCAACAGCACGGAGAAGAACAACCUGGAUGUGGUGGGCAAACGGGAUCCACCUUCGCCCAUGGACAAGCUGCAGGCCUACAUUGAGCUGCUCCUGAGCAAGUCGCCCGGUGAUUUCGACAAGCUGGACGAGAUCCUGGCCAUGACAUCCAAGCAGGGAGCAGCCAGCAAGCAGGCGAAACCAAAGAGUGGAAGUAAACCUCCUCCUUGGAAGUGCUGACACGCAGAGAAGCUCCCAAUAAGUAGUAUUGUAAUUAAUAAUAACCAUAGUUCAAUAAGCAUUAACUACAAUCUAUAUUGUAAUUUUCUAAAAGUAAAUACUCUAGUUAUUUUGCAAAAUA